UGUUAAAUUGACAAUAUAAAAUAUUGACAAAUGACUGACAUUAAAAAGACAAUAAAUUAUUUGUGUCAAUGUAUUGAAUUAUGUACUGGACACAAAAUAAAACCUGAAUAUUUUGAAUCUUUCAAUCAAAAUAAAUCUUCACCUGAAGCUAUUAAUUGUUUUUGGUCAGUACUUCAUACUUUAAGUCAUUUUGCUGUUAAAAAUAUUCAACCAACUGUUGAAUUUCCCAACUACGACAUUGUUGAAACGACAAAAUUACAUUUUGGAUUUUUGCAAUACUCAGGAAUAUAUUUUUAUGGCUUACAAAAAAAUGAUGAAAAUAUAUGUGAACUGGUGUUGGCAUUGGCCUGGUUAAUUGCCAAGCAAAAUAUUUUAGAAACAAUUGUAAGAUCAAAAAUUAUUGACAGUAUACUUAGUGGAAAUAUUCAUCAAAAUGUUGACAAUACUAAAACUAAAAAUGAUGGAAUAAAAAAGAAACUUGAUUUUUCAUCACAAAUUAAUACAGUAAUGCAUAAAUCCAUGUUGAUAAGUUAUAAUCUCAAAGGAUUGACUAAAAUAAUUGAAGAUAAAAUUAAAACAACAGCUAAAAUUCACACAGCUAGUUCAAAUUGCUCUGGAAUUUUACAUCUUGAUCCACUAGAAGCUGCAAUAAUCAAAAGAUACAAUUCUAAUAAUAAAAAUUACACAAAAAUCGAUGAAGAAAUAAUGAAUGAUUUAAACAAAAUAAAAUCUAUACUCAACGUUUAUUUUAAAUUUUCAAAAAAUGAAAAUAUUUUUUUCCAUUGGAUAACAACAGUCAUGAAAGAAUUGGAAAUUAAAAAAACUGAAAUUUCGAAAGAAACUAUUGAUCAAUUAUCGACAUUUAUUAGCAUCUUACGAAAUUUAGUUAAAAAAAAAAUAUAUUCAGUUAAAAAAAAUGACAAUGAUAUAAAAAUUAACGAAAUAUCAGUUACAUCAAAAUUACAACGUGAAAAUAAUACAAAUAAUAAUAACUUAAAUAAUAAAGUUAAUGAAAAGUUAAAAAAUGAAGAGGAAAAUAUUGCUGUUAAAUUAAAAAUAAUUUCUAAUGAAUUGGCAAUUAUGUUGAAAUCAAUACCAAAUUGUUUACAAGUAUAA